UGAUAGCACCAUGGCGGCGGCUGGGAAAAGUGCGGUGUCGUUGGCCGGAAAAGUCGUUCCUUUACUUACUAAAGGAGCAAAUCUCGCCAAAGCACAACAACCACAUCUAGAACGAUUUUGGGCUAUUGCUAAAGUGGAAUUGGCUCCACCAGUGGGAGAGAUUCCACAGGUGGUGUCUGGAUUGAAACAAUUGGCCAAUGUUAACAGGCUUCCUAAUCUAACAAUGAAGGAUAUUGCACUAAAUGCCACAGUGUGCUUUGAAAUAUUUCUUAUGUACCAAAUUGGACGAAUAGUGGGCAAACGUAGUCUGGUUGGCUUUGAUAUUGAGGGCACCAGUUCUUUCAUGGCAGUAAAAAAAGUAUAACAAAACUAUCAGCUGUUAGCCAUGAAAUCAUUAGGACAUUGAAGAUUUAUUGGAUGGACUUGAAACAUACGAUAUUGUGGUUCAUUUUUCCUAUGGCAGUUAUUUCUGUGUCAUAAACAUUGUAUAUGUUGAAAAGUUUCUGAUAUUUCGAAUUGUGAUAGAAAUUGUGAAAAAUGUUCCAGCACUCAAAUCUUCAAUGUAGACUCUGUAAGUUUGAUGUGAAAAAGAAAAAUUAAAAAUUAUUUAACA